GAGACAGAGACAGACAGAUACAGACAGAAACAGAGAGACAGAGAAGAGAUAGACAGAAACAGAAAUAGAGAGACAGAGAAGAGAUAGACAGAAACAGAAAUAGAGAGACAGAGAAGAGAGAAACAGAAAUAGAGUCAGACAGACAGAAAGAAGAGAGAGACAGAAACAGAGACAGAGAGGGUAGACAGAGAGAAAGAUAGACAGAGAAACUGAAAUAUAAUGACAGAAAUAUAGAAACAGAGGCAGAAAAGUGACCCCCUCUUCCCCUCUCAGUAGAGCUAGACAGGAAAGGACUAUUUAUAACUCUCCCUGCCAGCCCCUCUCCGUGCUGGGAGAUCCGGAAAUGACCCCCAUUAGUCUAUGAGACUUACCCCUCCCUACCACAGCUGGGGGGCCCAAGACCCCAUGACCAACUCCCCCAGGCCCCAGUGUCCGUGGACAGCUCAGACCCCUCCUCCUCUCUACCUAUUGACCCAGCUGCCUUGGGGUGUCCUUCUUCCUGGCUAGGAGGACAGCUGCCCACUAGCAUCCCAGAUUCACUAGACAUACAUCAAAGGCGUGCCCUCGAAGUGGACACCGGUGUGCCAAGCAGAAGCCAUCCUACAGCCAUACGCCAUUUCCAGAGGUUUUGUUGGGGAAUGGGGCUGUGAGCCCUGCUUUCGCCAUGUGCCUACCAGGGAAGGUGGACCCAUGUCCAAUGCCAACCAUUCAGAACGCCAGCACCCCUGCCCCACUGGGCCCUUGUUUCCGACCAGUGAACAUCAGCAAGGAGGAACGGCGCCUCAUUGCUUCGCCCUGGUUCGCUGCCACCUUCUGCUUAGUGGGCCUGGCCUCCAACCUCUUGGCCUUGGCAGUGCUGGCCGGUGCCCGACGAGCCAACAGCUACCGGGCCCGCUCCUCCUUCCUCACCUUCCUCUGCGGCUUGGUGCUCACUGACUUUCUGGGGCUGUUUGUAACUGGCUCUGUGGUUGUCUCUCAGCAUGCCACACUGUUUGACUGGGCCGGCACCGACCCUCACUGCCAUCUGUGUAGGUUCAUGGGUGUAGCCAUGAUCUUCUUUGGCCUGAGCCCACUCCUACUGGGCACCGCCAUGGCAGCCGAGCGCUUCGUGGGCAUCAACCAGCCUUUUUCACGCCAAGCAGCUGCGCCCCAGCGCCGGGCCUGGGCCACCGUGGGACUAGUGUGGGCGGCUUCCUUCGGCCUGGGUCUGCUGCCCGUCGUUGGCCUGGGUCGAUACACCGUCCAGUACCCAGGCUCCUGGUGCUUCUUGACUCUGGGGUCCGAAGUGGGCGAUGUGACCUUUGGCCUGCUCUUUGCCCUGCUGGGUACCUUCUCUGUGGGCCUCUCCUUCAUCUUCAACACCAUCAGCGUGGUCACCCUAUGCCGGGUCUACCAUGACCGGGAGGCAGCGCGCCAGCGGCCGCGGGACAGUGAGGUGGAGAUGAUGGCUCAAUUGCUGGGCAUCAUGAUUGUGGCUACCGUCUGCUGGAUGCCUUUGUUGGUCUUCAUCGCCCAGACGGUCCUUCAGAGUCCACCUGUCAUGCUCCCCAGUGGCCAACUGCCCCGCCCCACAGAGCAUCUGCUCCUCAUCUACCUACGUGUGGCCACUUGGAACCAGAUCCUGGACCCCUGGGUCUACAUCCUGUUCCGCAGGGCUGUGCUAAAGCGCAUCUAUCCUCGAUUGACCGUCCGGCCGGUCCGGAGCUCCAUCCCGUCUCUGGAUCCCGUCAUCCCCCCAUCUCUACAGCCCAAAUGCAGCCAGGAACUGAGGCUGCAGUAACCCCCAUGAGAGAACCCAGGCUACAGAGGCCAGUCAGCACUGUUGGCAGGAGAAACACUGGGCAGUCCAAGGGCAAAGUCUAGGAGGGGGCUGGCAUCAAGAAUACCCAGAUUUCAGGUCUAGCCAAGUUGAGUGGACAGUGCAUUGUGGGCAUGUGCACAAGAGGGGAGGGGGAAAGGAUCCCUAUCCUUGGGGUCAGAAGGGGAGCCCUAGACAGAUAUCUGGGUUCAGCAUCCCAGGCACUGGGUGACCUUGUCCUCUCCACUCCACUCCUGCCCUCUCCUGAUAAUUAAACUCCCUUGCCCACUC